UUGUGCCCCUGGAGCAGCCAGACCCACCAGUGGCAGUGGUUAGCCACAGUGGGUAGCCAAGGCAGGCAGCAAUGGGCAGCAGUUUCAGGAGAACUCGGCAUGUCCUCUUGAAUGCCUACUUUGAGAAUAAAACUGGAUGUAAGGAACAGUUACAGAACUUUUGGGCUCCUAACAAAUAAAAUAAAAAAUUAUUUGUUAGUUCAAUAUUUCCCCUAAAGCAGGCCCAGUCAGCCCUAUUAGUGGGUAGAGUGGUUCUCUAUCCCUGACACCACGGCUCACCACGUACUAGCUUGUAGAACAAUAAAGCCUCUUAUAGUUUUCUUGGGGGCAAGUUUGCCACAUGAGGAGUGGGAUUUGAGUGGGGAACCCCAACUGGCUGUGAAUUUUGUGCUCCAGUGGUGGGGGGAUGCAGAGGCUCAGGGAAAGACCUGUGACCCAAAGGAACCAGCUCUGUCUUCACUCAAAGCACAAAUGAGGAAAACACCUCCCCAACCCAACCCCCCAUGAAGAGGUGAGGGUCACUGGAAGUGACUGUGGAUCUCUUCUUAUCUUCCCAAGUUCCUCAACAUCCUCACAGCAGGCUCUCAGGCAGUCAGAUCUAAGAAUGUGCGAGGAAACGCCUAACACGGGGACUUUUUCCACCCAAGCCUGACUCAAGGAGGUACUCUAGAGAGUACUCCCUGCAGGUCCGGAUUGGACCCUGCUUUAUGGAGGCGGGCUCAGGGCUGAUGAGGCAGAGAGGGUAUUUAAGACCAGGAGAUGCUGCAGGGGGCCAAGGACAAAAUGAGUGGGCCACUUGCCUCUGGGACAUGCUCAGAUCUGGAAGAGGCUUCCGACCUUAAGGCUCCCCUGAGCUCAAGGUUCAGGGAACCUCUCACCCACGCUCGGUUCCAGGAGCUCUUCGGGGGCGCAGAGCAGGAGCCGGAGCUACCAGCCGAGCCCUGCUUACCCUGGCUGUGCAGGCUGCGGAGGAGGAGAGCCAGCGCCUGUUCUGGGCCGGGGGCGUGGCGCGUGCUGCUGGCACGGCUGCCCCCGCUGCGUUGGCUGCCCCAAUACCGCUGGCGAGCCUGGCUGCUCGGAGAUGCUGUGGCUGGCAUAACAGUGGGCGUUGUGCACGUGCCCCAGGGCAUGGCUUUUGCCCUCCUGACCUCGGUGCCCCCCGUGUUCGGACUCUACACUUCUUUCUUUCCGGUCCUCAUCUACAGUUUGCUGGGCACUGGGAGACACUUGUCCACUGGAACGUUCGCAGUACUCAGUCUAAUGACCGGCUCUGUUGUCGAGAGGGUGGUGCCUGAACCCCUCGCGGGGAACCUCAGUGGAAUCGAAAGGGAGAAAUUGGAAGCUCAGAGAAUUGGGGCGGCAGCCGCUGUGGCCUUCGGGAGUGGGGCACUGAUGCUGGGGAUGUUCGUGCUGCAGCUUGGUGUCCUGUCCACCUUUUUAUCCGAGCCUGUGGUCAAGGCGCUGACUAGCGGGGCCGCGCUGCACGUGCUGGUGUCCCAGCUGCCAAGCCUCUUGGGAUUGUCUCUCCCACGCCAGAUCGGCUGCUUUUCUCUCUUCAAGACGCUGGCUGCGGUCCUCAGCGCACUGAACCAGAGCAGUCCUGCAGAACUGACCAUCUCGGCGCUCAGCCUGGCGUUGCUAGUGCCGGUCAAGGAACUAAACGUGCGAUUCCGGGACAGGCUACCCACUCCGAUCCCAGGAGAAGUUGUCAUGGUGCUUCUGGCAACCGUGCUGUGCUUCACCUCCUCCCUGGACAGCAGAUACAAUGUCCAGGUAGUGGGACUAUUGCCUGGAGGAUUUCCCCAGCCUCUCCUCCCCACCCUGGAUGAUCUGCCCAGGAUACUGGCUGACUCACUGCCCAUCUCAUUGGUUACUUUUGCUGUGUCCACCUCUCUGGCCUCCAUCUAUGCAGACAAGUACAGCUACACUAUUGACCCCAACCAGGAGCUCCUGGCCCACGGUGUCUCCAACCUCAUUUCCUCUCUCUUCUCUUGCUUUCCCAACUCGGCCACACUGGCUACAACCAGCUUAUUAGUGGAUGCUGGUGGGAAUACACAGCUGUCAGGCCUCUUCUCCUGCACAGUGGUUCUGUCAGUGCUGCUAUGGCUCGGGCCCUUCUUCUACUAUUUGCCCAAGGCUGUUCUCGCUUGCAUCAACAUCUCCAGCAUGCGCCAGAUGUUCUUCCAGAUGCAAGAACUUCCACAGCUGUGGCACGUCAGCCGCGUGGACUUUGCCGUGUGGAUGGUCACAUGGGUGGCUGUCGUGACUCUGAACGUGGACCUGGGCCUGGCUGUGGGUGUGGUUGUCUCUAUGGUGACAGUGGUCUGCCGGACUCAGAGGGUGAAGUGCCUGGCGCUUGGAUUGGCUGAGGGGACAGAGCUCUACAGGCCAAUCAGAGAGAGCCAUAAGCUCCUCCAGGUUCCAGGCCUGUGUAUCCUGAGCUAUCCAGCGCCCCUCUACUUUGCAACUCGUGGACAGUUCCACCGCGUCUUGGAGUGGCAUCUGGGGCUUGGAGAAAGAACCAAGCCAGGUAGUGUACCUGACAAAGGUGAGGUGGGUUGACAGAGAAGUUGAUUUGGUCGUGAACCACGGAGUUGGCUGGCACUUCUGCUUCCUCCCACCAUAGGUGCUGAGCCUAUCAGAGUGGUGAUCCUAGACUUCAGUGGUGUCACUUUUGCAGAUGCUGCAGGGGCCAGGGAAGUGGUCCAGCUUACCAGGCGGUGCCAGGACGAUGGGAUCUGCCUUCUCUUGGCUCAGUGUAAUGACUUGGUGCUCAAGACCUUGACCCGGGCGGGACUCCUGGAUAGCAUGACUCCAGAACAACUCUUUGUGAGCGUCCAGGAUGCAGCUGCGCAUGCGCUGGAGAGGCUGAAACCUACUGGCCCGAAGAUUUGUACAGUGUGGGUCUGACCAGUUACUUAAGAGUGUGAGAGGCCCCAACAGUAUGUGUGUGAGGAAGGCCAGGAUCCUUGAGCUCCCCGGUAGUUGCAACCAAUAACAUGAAGCUGAGAACAUCCAAGGCCCAUGAAGUGGGUCCAGGAAUCUGCAUGUGGGGCUCUCCAAUCCCCCCAAGCCCCGCCAUACCCAAAGUACCAGAGACACAAGUAAAAAUGGCUUCCACCGUGUGUUCACCAGC